GCCCAUAGCCCGGCCAAAACACCUCGGCAGAAGGCGACAUUUUGUCAACUACAUUUCCCCAACUACAUUUCCCUCACAGUCGACAACACCCGGCCUCCCUUUGCUCCCUCUUUUCGAAUCCAAUCUCCCCUGCUCUUCAGCUCGCCGGCAUCCCGUCCUUUCCAUGAGCGGGAUCCUGUCCAGCUUAGUGAUGGGCGACCGCAGAGCCCGGACGUCUGACGCCGUCCUGAAUAUCGUCACUGCUGGUGCACUUGCUUUUGUCUCCUAUUUCUUCGUCAAAAACCUCCUCUCCUCCUUUGCGAACACCCUCGCCGACCCGGAGAAGGAGAAGCACGAGCAGGCUAGGAUAAAGGCCCAGGCGAACCUGUCGCGGUUACGGCGGAAUAGAAAUGAGGAUGGCGUGGACGACAUGGAAUCGAGCGGCUCACGGAAGGGCCCGCGGAUCGAGGACAUCCAGCUGAACGAGUACGAGGCCAUGGUCGCCCUCGAGGUGGUUGCUCCCGAGGAUAUCCCCGUCGGCUUUGACGACAUUGGCGGCCUGGAGGACAUCAUCGAGGAGCUCAAAGAAUCCGUCAUCUACCCGUUGACCAUGCCGCACCUGUACUCGCACGCCGCGCCGCUGCUCUCCGCACCCUCUGGAGUGCUGCUCUACGGCCCUCCGGGUUGCGGCAAGACGAUGCUCGCCAAGGCCCUUGCGCACGAGAGCGGCGCUUCCUUUAUCAACCUUCACAUCUCAACCCUCACGGAGAAGUGGUAUGGGGACUCGAACAAACUAGUCAGGGCCGUCUUCUCCCUGGCGCGGAAGCUGGAGCCGGCCAUCAUCUUCAUCGACGAGAUCGAUGCGGUGCUGGGUACGCGGCGGAGCAACGAGCACGAGGCAAGCGGGAUGGUCAAGGCCGAGUUUAUGACGCUCUGGGACGGUUUAACUUCGUCAAAUUCGGCCGGGGUUCCAUCUAGGAUCUGUGUGCUCGGCGCGACAAACCGUAUACACGACAUUGACGAGGCCAUUCUGCGAAGGAUGCCCAAGAAGUUCCCGGUCCCGCUGCCAGACAAGGACCAACGGCGCCGCAUAUUACAACUCGUUCUACAGGGCACAAAGCGUGAUCCGACGUUCGAGCUGGAAUACAUAGCCAAGGUCACGGCGGGCAUGUCAGGCAGCGACAUCAAGGAGGCGUGCAGAGACGCGGCCAUGAUACCGAUGCGGGAGUCUAUCAGAGAACACCGCGCCUCAGGCCAGUCGAUGUCUGGUAUCAGCCCCGAUCGGAUACGAGGCUUGAAGACAGAGGACUUCUUCGGAAGAAAAGGCGGUGGCCAGAUCCUUAUGCAGAACCACGAGCGACACUCUUCGCAAAGGGCCGCCGCUUCUGCUACUGCUGCUUCCAAGACCUCAAGUGAUGAGUAUGAGGAUAUUGAUGAGCAAGUUGGCGAAGCUCCAGACUGAUCGCGGGGUAAAAGCCUCGACGUGUGCACGAAAAUCACGUAUCGACGGAUUCAAUGCAAGAGGAACACGAACAGAAGUGUGUUUGGGAAGCAGCAGGCGCUUAGAUAGAAUCGUCACACCUCUAUUGGGAGAGCUGUAGAAUCAUGGGUAUGCUUUUAAGAAACUCAUGGGGGCCUGAAUACUAAAUAUUACCUCUCA